UCCGCGGCCGCAGGCGCAGGCCCCGGCUGACAGCCGAGACGGCGGCGCGCCGGAUCGCAGCAGCUCUGGGACCCAACAUGCGCGGAACCCGGGGAGGUGUCUGGCUGGCGCUGGCCGCGUCGCUCCUGCAAGUGUCCCUGCAAGGCGAGUUCCAGAGAAAGCUCUACAAGGAGCUGGUUAAGAACUACAACCCCUUGGAGAGGCCCGUAGCCAACGACUCCCAGCCGCUCACAGUCUACUUCUCUCUGAGCCUUCUGCAGAUCAUGGACGUGGAUGAGAAGAACCAAGUUUUAACCACCAAUAUUUGGUUGCAAAUGUCUUGGACAGAUCACUAUUUACAAUGGAAUAUGUCAGAAUAUCCUGGUGUGAAGACUGUUCGUUUUCCAGAUGGCCAGAUUUGGAAACCAGACAUUCUUCUCUAUAACAGUGCUGAUGAGCGGUUUGAUGCCACAUUCCACACCAAUGUCUUGGUGAAUUCUUCUGGGCAUUGCCAGUAUCUCCCUCCAGGCAUUUUCAAGAGCUCCUGCUACAUCGACGUGCGCUGGUUCCCCUUUGACGUGCAGCAGUGCAAACUGAAGUUUGGAUCCUGGUCUUAUGGAGGGUGGUCCUUGGAUCUGCAGAUGCAGGAGGCAGAUAUCAGCGGCUAUAUCCCCAAUGGAGAAUGGGAUCUCGUGGGAAUCCCAGGCAAGAGGAGCGAGAAGUUCUAUGAGUGCUGCAAAGAGCCAUACCCAGAUGUCACCUACACAGUAACCAUGCGCCGCAGGACACUGUACUAUGGCCUUAAUCUGCUCAUUCCCUGUGUGCUCAUCUCAGCCCUGGCCCUGCUAGUGUUCUUGCUCCCUGCAGACUCUGGGGAGAAAAUCUCCCUUGGGAUCACAGUGCUACUGUCUCUAACUGUCUUUAUGCUGCUUGUAGCAGAGAUCAUGCCUGCAACUUCUGAUUCAGUGCCAUUGAUAGCCCAGUACUUUGCCAGCACCAUGAUCAUUGUAGGCCUCUCUGUUGUGGUGACAGUGAUUGUGCUGCAGUAUCACCACCAUGACCCUGAUGGGGGCAAGAUGCCUAAGUGGACCAGAGUCAUCCUUCUUAACUGGUGUGCAUGGUUCCUGCGCAUGAAGAGGCCUGGGGAAGACAAGGUCCGCCCAGCUUGCCAGCACAAGCAGCGCCGCUGCAGCCUGGCCAGCGUGGAGUUGAGUGCAAGUGCUGGACCCCCUACCAGCAACGGGAACCUUCUGUAUAUCGGCUUCCGAGGCCUGGAGGGCAUGCACUGUGCCCCAACCCCUGACUCUGGGGUCGUGUGUGGCCGCAUGGCCUGUUCCCCUACACAUGACGAGCACCUCCUGCAUGGUGGACAGCCCCCAGAGGGGGACCCAGACCUGGCCAAGAUCCUGGAGGAGGUCCGCUACAUCGCCAACCGCUUCCGCUGCCAGGAUGAGAGUGAGGCUGUCUGUAGUGAGUGGAAGUUUGCAGCCUGCGUGGUGGACCGCCUGUGCCUCAUGGCCUUCUCGGUCUUCACCAUUAUCUGCACCAUUGGCAUUCUCAUGUCGGCUCCAAACUUUGUGGAAGCUGUGUCCAAAGACUUUGCAUAACAUCACCCGGUUCUGUACAUGUAGGAAAUGCACAGAUAGGCAAAGUGGUUUUUGGUGAGAAUUCUGUGUGGUAAACUCACAGUAUCAUUAAAUGUGACAAUGCUGAUGUAUACUUUAUGACUGUCAAUCCUGAUGGUUACAGUUUGCUUGUUACCUUCAAUAAUAGGAUCUUAGUAUUUUUCUGUUCACUAUCUUAUGCAUACCUUUGGCACAUUGUUAUGUUCAGCAGGGCCGCUGUACAGUCAUUUUGCCUAUUUGUUUUCUUUCUAGAGAGCCAUUUAGAGAGAUUUCUGUGGCUCAGACUGCCAGGGCAGGCUCGUACAGUUGGUUUUGCAUGCUUGCAUGUCACUUGCCAUAAGGCCCACAAGAAAAUUCAAUGUGUGCUUUUGCCUGUACAAACCUAGAUUAAAGCUAAUAAUAAUAAACUACUCAGUAAAUCCAUUCUAAUAAUUGACUUGUGAAAGGAAAAAAAUACUUAAACCUGUCUGCUGGUUUUUCUGCAGUUCAACUUUAUUUUUUUCUCUACCAAUGACAGUUGGAAGAGAGAAACAGUUGUAUUCUGUUUCUAUGAAAAAGUGAGACAGACACUGAGAAUGUGUGUGUUGAUCUUGUAAACUAUGUUUAUACCAGCUGACUAAUUUUCACAAACCUACUCUGUUGAGGAAAUCAGAGGGACACAAGUUUGUAUCAAUUCCAGUCUAGGACCAGAACCAGUCAAGUGUGCAUAAGAGGCUGUAUCCCCUAUAGAUCCCAGAUGACUCCCAAGCUUCGUGUGCUAGCCCUGGACCCUGUUCUGUUCUGCAAAAUCCAAUGGAAAAAUAGGGUUCUGUGAGAAAUAACCAGCUCAAAGGAAUAAAUGAAGCUAAGUUACACACUUUAAUGUAUUUAAAAAAAAUGAGAAUGUAUUAGAUGUUUCACACUUGUUGGAGGUGAUUCGUUUUAGAAUUGUGUUCAUCCAUCCAAAUGCACACCAUAUAGUGAGCAUGUUUUUUGGCUCUUUCUCCAUGUGUCAUGGCCAGGAGGCAGGGACUGGGAACUCUCUGGCCCCCUGUGGCACAAACUGGGGAGGGAUGGUGGCUUUCCUAGAUGACCAUCCAGUGGCAGUCAACAUGGAAGAGCCUCAGACCAUCAGAGGUAGCACAGCAAGUAGCCCUGGUUUCUGGAUUUUGGGGAUCUGCCUCCCUGUAGCUUGUUCACCCCAGCUUCAACACAGAAAACUGGCUCAGGGUCAAUGAGUGAUCACUGGAGAUGUGUUCUGAAGACAAGAACAAUUUCAAUUUUUUAACCUAAGAGGGUACACCAUGCUCCAC